GACUUUUAAAAGGCAUCUGAAGGCAGCCCUGUUUCAGGAAGUUUCUUAAUGUUUGAUGCUGUCUUGUGUUUUUAUAGGUUUGCCUAUAGGUUUGCCAUAAUGCUUUCGGAUUCCUAAAUUGCUGUGACGAGACGUGUGGGGAGACAAGGCCGUCGGGCGAGCAGAAGGCGCAGUGGCGAGGACGACUCGGGGCCAAUGCAGCAGCAAAAACGGCAGCCAGAGUUAGUGGAAGGAAACCUUCCUGUCUUCCUAUUCCCCACGGAGCUUAUAUUUUAUGCGGACGACCAGUCGACCCAUAAACAGGUGUUGACUCUCUAUAACCCCUAUGAAUUUGCCUUAAAAUUCAAAGUUCUUUGCACAACCCCAAAUAAAUAUGUCGUGGUUGAUGCAGCGGGCGCGGUGAAGCCUCAGUGCUGUGUUGACAUCGUGAUCCGUCACAGAGAUGUCCGACCUUGCCACUAUGGCGUGAUCGACAAGUUUCGGCUCCAGGUCUCCGAGCAGAGCCAGAGGAAAGCGCUGGGGAGGAAAGAGGUCAUCGCCACUCUGCUUCCAGCAGCGAAAGACCCGAAGGAAGAGGAGGAGAAGAGGAUCACGGCGCAUCUGGCAGAGAGCGUCUUUUUCGAGCAGGCUUUGUGCCAGCCAGCGUCAAAUGCCUUUUCCUUUUUCCAGAAAACAGAAUUGCCUCAUCGGGGCCGAGUUUGCUCACCGUGUUCCUCGGAAUCGUGUGCAUUGCGGCUCUCAUGCUUCCCACGCUGGGAGAAGGGGGUUCCCUCGUGCCUCUCUACCUCCACUUAAGUGUGAAUCAAAAGUUAGUAGCGGCUUACGUAUUAGGUCUCAUCACUAUGGUCAUCCUGAAAACAUGAGCGAUAACACAAUUGGAUGUCCAUCUUUUUUCUCCUAUUUUUUUACUGCCUUUUAAAUCCGCAUCCUGAACGUGGGCCUCUGACCUCCAUUUGGGUGCAAAAAUCAUCUUGCGAUUUGCAUCGCUCCCCUUUUUUUUUUUUAAAAGCAAAGUUUUAACUCCGUUUUCACCAGAAAGACUCACGCGCUCAGAGAUGCUUUUUGACUGAUGAAAUGGUUGAAGGAAAAGGAAUCGAAAGAAGCUUUUCUACCUACGUCUACCGUGCAAAAAUCUCAUUUGUGCUUACUUUUUAAAUUGCAUGUUUUUAAAUUCAUGUCAACUUCAGUGUUUGACCGCCAUAGGAGCCGGCAGUUCUAUCUGCAGUGUUAAUUUGCCUGUAAGUAUUGCAAAUUUAAAUACAGAUAAAAACGCCUGGAUGGCGGAAUUGAAAGCCGCUUGCCCGA